AUUCCGAUCUAUUUCCUCUCUCCCCUCUUUUUGUUCUACUGUAAACCCGUCUUGUCUAUUGUAAGGAAGUACGACAAGAGAUUCAAAAUGCUGAGCCGCUGUGGUCGCCAGGCUUUGCGAUUGGUCCCGCGCCCGGGAAGCUCUUCCAGAGCUAUCGCCAUCACUACUCAACUCCGACCGGCUGCUCCCUGGUGCGUCUCCAGCUCAAUCUCUCAGAGCCGGAGUGUGUCAUCCUCCAGUCGCGAUGGGCAGCAACAUUAGUACUCAUGUGUAUUUGCAGGAGAAAAAACGUCAAAAGCACUUCAUCAACCUGAUCCCUUCAGAGAACUUCACUUCACAAGCGGUCCUUGAUGCUCUCGGCAGUGUGAUGCAAAACAAGUACUCAGAGGGUUAUCCCGGUGCUAGAUACUACGGAGGCAAUGAACAUAUCGAUGAGUCGGAGAGGUUAUGUCAACAGCGUGCGCUGGAAACUUUUCGACUAAAUCCGGAAGAAUGGGGUGUGAAUGUCCAACCACUUUCCGGCUCCCCCGCCAACUUGUACGCCAUAUCCGCCCUUCUCAACACGCAUGACCGCCUGAUGGGCCUGGACUUGCCUCAUGGUGGUCACUUGUCACAUGGUUAUCAGACUCCCACUAAGAAGAUCUCUUUCAUCUCGAAAUACUUUGAGACCCUUCCUUACCGCCUUGACGAGUCCACUGGUCUCAUUGAUUACGACGCCCUCGAGAAGCAGGCGUUGCUCUAUCGUCCCAAGCUCAUUAUUGCCGGUACUUCAGCCUAUAGUCGAUUGAUCGACUACCCUCGGAUGCGCCAGAUCGCAGACGCAGCUGGUGCAUACCUUCUCAGUGACAUGGCCCACAUAUCCGGACUGGUUGCUGCGGAUGUACUUCCCUCGCCUUUCAGUCAUUCCGAUGUGGUAACAACGACUACUCACAAGUCCCUGCGUGGGCCCCGUGGUGCCAUGAUCUUCUACCGCAAGGGUAUCCGCCGGACGGACAAGAAGGGCAAUCAGGAGAUGUAUGACUUGGAGAAUCCUAUCAAUGCCUCCGUCUUCCCGGGCCACCAGGGUGGCCCUCAUAACCACACCAUUACUGCUCUCGCAGUUGCACUGAAGCAGGCUCAAUCAGCCGAGUUCAAGACUUACCAGGAAACCGUUUUAGCCAAUGCUCAGGCACUGGCCGAUCGACUUGGCAGCCCUCUCAGUAACGGGGGUCUGGGAUACAACAUUGUGUCUGGUGGAACGGAUAACCACCUGGUCCUCGUGGAUCUGAAGAACCGUGGCGUUGAUGGAGCCCGUGUUGAACGUGUUCUAGAGCUCUGUGGCGUUGCUAGCAACAAGAACACCGUCCCGGGAGAUCGGUCAGCCUUGAAGCCCGGUGGUCUCCGCUUGGGUACUCCUGCCAUGACUACUCGUGGCUUCCAGCCCGAGGACUUCCGUCGCGUGGCCGAUAUCGUUGACCGCGCGGUCAUCAUCACCCAAAAGCUGGACAAGGCUGCCAAGGAGAGCGCUGCGGCUAAGGGCGUUAAGAACCCCAACACUGUCAAGGCCUUCCUGGAAUAUGUUGGUGAGGGCGAGGAGAUUUCAGAGAUUGUGCUCUUGCGGCAGGAAGUUGAGGACUGGGUGGGAACGUUCAGCCUUCCUUGGAAGGACGAGUAACCGGCUUUACUAUGAAGAACUAUGAAAUAAGGCACUGAUCGGGUCUAAAUCAAUUAUCACGGGAGUUAUAUGAGCAUUAACAUUAACGUUUUCAUUUUGCUAUUUGAUGUGUGUAUGUACCAUGUACCAAUAUUUAUUCAAAGCCUCUUGAAACCUCCAUGGCGGUAUGCUGUAAGAUUGAAUGCAGCGGAAACACUUGCCUGUCGUGGGCAAGGGUCCCGGCUUGGCAGCCGUUGUCUCCCUGUUGAUUUUUAAUAACGUGGAGUUACUUCCGGCCUUGGGUAUGUGCGUAGGAGAGAAUGCAGUGAUGUGAGUAUCCCUGUUAAGCCCAAGCGCUAGCUCGAAGUUUACCGGUAAAACCCAAUUUCUCCG